AUGAUGAAAAACAACAAGUUAAAUAGGAAGUAUAAAAAUAAAAAGAAAAACAAAUAUAAAAAGAAGAACAAAUAAAAGAAAUAGUCUAAAAUCAAGGAAUAAGAAUAAGAAUAAGAAUAAGAAUAAGAAUAAGAAUAAGAAUAAGAAUAAGAAUAAGAAUAAGAAUAAGAAUAAGAAUAAGAAUAAGAAUAAGAAUAAGAAUAAGAAUAAGAAUAAUAAUAAUAAUAAUAAUAAUAAUAAUAAUAAUAAUAAUAAGAAUAAGAAUAAGAAUAAGAAUAAUAAUAAUAAUAAUAAUAAUAAGUAUAAGAAUAAUAAUAAGUAUAAGAAUAAUAAUAAGAUAAAGAAUAAGAAUAAGAAUAAUAAUAAGAAUAAUAAUAAGUAUAAGAAUAAGAAUAAGAUAAAGAAUAAGAAUAAUAAUAAUAAUAGUAAUAAUAAAAAUAAUAAUAAUAAUAAUAAGAAUAAGAUAAAGAAUAAGAAUAAGAAUAAUAAUAAUAAUAAUAAGAAUAAGAAUAAUAAUAAUAAUAAGUAUAAGAAUAAUAAUAAGAUAAAGAAUAAGAAUAAGAAUACGAAUAAUAAUAAGAAUAAUAAUAAGAAUAAUAAUAAGAAUAAUAAUAAGAAUAAUAAUAAGAAUAGGGAUAAUAAUUAUAACAAGUAUAAGAAUAAGAAUAAGAAUAAGAAUAAGAAUAAGAAUAAGAAUAAGAAUAAGAAUAAGAAUAAGAAUAAGAAUAAGAAUAAGAAUAAGAAUAAGAAUAAGAAUAAGAAUAAGAAUAAGAAUAAGAAUAAGAAUAAGAAUAAGAAUAAGAAUAAGAAUAAGAAUAAGAAUAAGAAUAAUAAUAAGAAUAAGAAUAAUAAUAAGAAUAAGUAUAAGAAUAAGAAUAAUAAUAAGAAUAAGAAUAAGAAUAAUAAUAGUAAUAAUAAUAAGAAUAAUAAUAGGAAUAAUAAUAAGAAUAAUAAUAAGAAUAAUAAUAAGAAUAGGGAUAAUAAUUAUAAUAAGUAUAAGAAUAAGAAUAAGAAUAAGAAUAAGAAUUAUAAUAGGAAUAAUAAUAAGAAUAAUAAUAAGAAUAAUAAUAAGAAUAGGAAUAAUAAUUAUAACAAGUAUAAGAAAAAUAAUAAGAAUAAGAAUAAUAAUAAGAAUAAGAAUAAUAAUAAGAAUAAGUAUAAGAAUAAGAAUAAUAAAAAGAAUAAGAAAAAGAAUAGCAUUAACUUUAAAAAUAAGUUGAAGUUAAAUAACAGUAAAAACUAAUUGAACAAGAAUAAUAAAAGCAAUAAGAAUAAGAUUAACAAAAAAAACGAUAUGAAGAAGAAUAAAAGUAAGAAGAAGAAGAAAACCUUUUAAAAAUAAACCCAUAAGAUGAAUAAAAAUCAAUAAUAAGUUCUCAUCUAAAUGACAGAUUUUUUACCAGAAAAAGUCAAUUUGGGUAUUGCUGA